UCAGAGGUAUCGACACUUUAAUACAUUUUUUUUUUUGGUCCACCUGGACUUUGAUCAUCCAGAUGCUUUACCUCUCUAGGUUGUUUAUGUACCUUUUCGUUGAAAGGUUUUCCACAAGAAGGUGAUCAAUGUGUGCAGGCGGAGAGUCGUACCAACUAAGAUGGACUCCCCCAGUGCGGCUGGCGACUGUCUAUAUCCAGGAGCCAAGCUUCACUCGCCGUCCAGCUGUUACAAGGUGCUCUCCGUGCUGGGCGAGGGCACCUUUGGCAAAGUGGCCAAAUGCCGCAAACUGGACAACAACAAGACGGUAGCUGUGAAAAUGAUCAGGAAUCAGGGCAACUUCGCAGUGCAGGCUAAGUUUGAGAUCGAGGCGCUACAGAAAAUUCAAAUGUUGGAGAACUCCAAACCCCACCUGGUUCAGUGGAACAGCACGUUUAGCGACAUGGGCUAUAUUUGUCUGGAAUUUGAAUACCUGGACAAAAGUCUUUUCGACUUCAUGAAGGAGCGGAAUUUCAAGCCUCUCCAAGUGAAAGAGAUUCGACCCAUCGUUCACCAGCUCGCCAGGGCUCUCGAACACUUGAAGGCUGCAUGUAUGAUUCACGCCGACCUCAAGUUGGAGAACAUCAUGUUUAUUAACCAUCAGCAGCAGCCCUACAGGGUUAAAGUCAUUGACUUUGGCUUGACCCAUGAAAUCUCCGACGCCAGACAGGGCUCUUACAUUCAGAGUCGUCCGUAUCGGUCUCCAGAGAUCUUGGUGGGGGCCCCGUACAACGAGGCCAUAGAUAUGUGGUCUGUCGGAUGCGUGACUGCUUUCUUGUACACUGGUACGCUUAUUUUCCCUGGCAAGAACGACUACGAAAUGAUACGAUUCAUCACGGAGACUCAAGGUCCAUUUCCAGACAGCCUUUUGGCGUCUGGCAAAAAAACUGGACACUUUUUCCACAGGGAAAAUGAAACCAAUCUCUGGAGCAUUAAGACAACAGAAAAGUACCAGCAGGAGACCGGAAUAGUGGUCAAGACAGUCAGGAAGCUUAAGUUAAGCUCUCUUGACCACCUCCUUCAACUCCAGCAGUUUCAGUGGUGUUUUACCAAGCACCCCUCAGACCAGGUUGUGUAUUCAGCCGAUAAGCAGAUGUUUGUGGACAUGCUAAAGGGAAUGUUCCAACUUGAUGCGUCCCAACGGAUGACGCCUCUUCAGGUGCUGGAUCAUCACUUCAUCAGCAUGAGCCACCUGUGGCCUCAUUUUGCCGCCAGCCCUCACGUCAGGUUUUGUUACGGUAUAAUGGCGGCCUGUGAGAGCAAAGCGCCAAACAGCAAAAAGUCAGGCGCUUUGCAGCAGAACACCUCAAAAACGACACCGUCUGUCCUGCACAAACUUGCCUCAGAGAGGACCAACAAAAAAACAGGUCCAUGCAGGACCAAGAACCGAGCCCAAUCGGGACAGAAGAAGAAAACCAAGGACGAAGUGGUUAAACAACCGAAACGUUUUUGCAAAAAAAUAAAGACUGAAGCUCAGCACAGUUGCAUGUCCGACCAUCUGUACGUGAAGCCUAUGGUUGACUCGACGCAACCCCGCCAAGUUGCUGGUAAAGGCAACCUCACUCGGACCAAGCGUGCCAAGAAUGCAAAGCAGUGUACAGAUCUUCAUGCAGAAAAGAAACCAAGGAUGACGCUGAGGAAGGACAAGAGGAAGGAAAUAAUCCCAACGACCGAUGAUUAACCAUGAUCGGGCCUGAAAAAGGAGGUCAAAAUGUUUGUGGACAGGUACAGGGUUAAGAAAUAAUAAGAAUAAGUCAGAGUAAAAAACACCUAUCAAUCCAUCCAUUCAUUUGAGUGGACUAUCAGAACCUUUAUGAGCUACCUUGUUUGGACGACUAAUCUGCAUCAAUUGGGGUAAAAAUGAAGACAUUGAACAUGAUUUCAAAAUAAAAGCCUAUAAUGGAUUGGUUAUCAUGUUUUCAUCAAGUCUAGUUGAUUUGACAUAAUUUGUCCACUCAUUAGACCCUUAAACGUCCUCAGGCACAGAUGGUUGAGCAGUCGUGACGGAAUUUUGAGGGUUCCUGAUACAGCAUCCGCCAUCCUAGUCACUGCCGUUGUGUCCUUGGGCAAGACACUUCUCCCACCUUGCUCCCCAGUGCGGCUCACACUGGUGUAUGAAUGUGAAUGAAUGGUGGCGGUCGAAGAGGCCGUAGCUUCUACCCCAGGGCAGCCGUGGCUACAAAGGUAGCUCACCACCAUGCGCAUCAGAGACGCAUCAUAGACGCAUCAGAGACAUCCAUCCACCUUGACAUCCAAGUCAAGACGAGACAGGUCGAGGCAAAUCUUGACAUCUACUUGAUAUU